CCAUUGCAAUUUCUGAAAUAUGGUCCCGGAGGACGACACCAGUUCUCUGAAUUCCGAGUCUUCGGUCAUCCGUCCCUCUGAAGACGACUUGGACUCCGAUUCUUCUCAUUCCACAUCAGAUGACCCCAUUAAACCGUUCAACACAGAGAAUGCACUCUUUAAAACGCUUGACUGCCAAACUCAGGUCUCCUCCCUUGAAUUCUCCCACGACGGCAAUUUUAUCGCCGCUGGCAGCAAGAAAGACGCCAGAGUUUGGGGCAUUGGUUCACGGGGUGCCUUUACACCCGUCGAGAUUGGCCCCUUCAACGUGGAUGAUGAAGGCCCCAUCUACAUAACCUUGUCUCAUGAUGACAGCCGACAAUAUGUCUGGAUAGCGUCUGGGGGAGGAACAAUUGUCCGCCGUGACUUCCACCCGCGAGUUGGGAUUAGCACUCGUUCCAUUCAGACUGGGCACACGAUCUCAUGUAUCAAAGCAUCACCGGAUGGCCGGCUUCUUGCGGCAGGCAUUCACUCAGCGGUGAAGAUAUUUGAUGCCACUACAGGCAACGAAGUCACCACGCUACUGGCUGAUGGCAUCCAAGAUCGCAUCGCAUCGCUGUCUUUCUCCGUAGACAGUGAGACGUUGACGGGUGCGUCAGCCGGAGGUAUGGUAGUUGUCUGGAACAUGGCAGAGUAUGAAGUCGUUGCUGGACCCUUUACUCAAGCUGCGCCGCCACUUCUACUCAGUCAUUCCCCGUCGGGUGGUUUCGUGUCUGCAGCGGGUUUUGAGGGUAAGAUCAAGAUUUGGAAGAAGCCGGAAGGAGAGGGGAAGGGCGACGUAGUCAAAGCCGCGGCCUGGUACGCUGGUCGUAAGGAAAGACAUAUCGAAAAUGACAAAUCUUUAUCACGCAACAAGGAAAAUAGAGAUGAUGAUCUCGGUAGUCUGGUAGACUUUCCAGUCUUGACUCGAAGGCAGACUUACCGCAAGGCCGAAGUUCACCGCGAAGGCAAGUCAAAGGACAUGAGUAUUCGGGAGAAACGAAGCCUCAUCACCUCUACCAAACGAAUCCUCGACCGCUUGAACAGGGAGAAGAAUCCGAAGUCUGAAAGCCGCCGUAAUAAAGAAAAAAUAUCCAACAGGCUUUCCGCAAUAGCUAGCGUUAUAAGUAGCGCACUGCAAGCUGACGAAAAUAGUAAGCCUCAAAGGCAACACGCUCCUCGUCGCCAGCCAUCACUCGAUAUAAACAAAAGGCUAGGUCAUACUUAUGCUCGCUUUGUGUUUACCGCAAGAAAUAAGAACAAGACAUGGGUUCAGAGGAAGAACACGCGACGUGGCUCUCUGCCUGACACAGACAAUGGCAGCAGAGACCGCGUGAGCGAUCCGCUCGGCGUGGACGUCGAUAACAGGUCGGAACUUUCAUGGGUGGAACAGCACCCUUUGAGAGACAUCUUCGUGAUGCAUUUGUGUGGGUUACGACCAGGAAACGACCGUUAUGCCUAGUCUCCAUCCACAUUACGUAGAGCCUGGCCAUGAUUUUAAAUGUAUUUUCGCCAUGACAUGGAGACGA